AUGACGUCACGAGACGGGGCGGCGCGUGGUGCGCACUGUGUAUGUCGUCACGGGGCGGAGCGGGGCCGGCGCGGUUCAUCGCGGAGUGUGACGUUCCGGGACGGAGCAGGGCAGUGACCGCGGUGUGUCGGAGCAGCGAUGGGGGCACAGCUUAGCGUGUUGCAUCAGGUUGUGACAUACCCAAUAUGGCUGAUCUACACCACCUUCAUGAGGCUCUUCAGGAAUCCCCAGCCUGCAAUUACCCUCAAGGAUCCAGAAGUGAAGUAUGCACUGAGGCUGAUCGAUAAGGAGGAAGUUAGUCAUGACACAAGGAGAUUUCGAUUUGCUCUCCCUUCCAUGGAGCACGUUCUGGGUCUGCCUCUAGGGCAGCACAUCUACCUGUCUGCACGGAUUGAUGGAGCUCUGGUUGUCAGACCUUACACUCCAGUUUCCAGUGAUGAUGACAAGGGCUUUGUGGAUCUUGUUGUCAAGGUCUACUUCAGAGGUGUCCAUCCCAAGUUUCCUGAUGGGGGGAAGAUGUCUCAAUACUUGGACAGCUUGAAAAUAGGGGACACCAUUGACUUCAGAGGACCAAGUGGCCUCCUUGUGUACAAAGGAAAAGGCAAGUUUGAUAUUCGGCCAGAAAAGAAAGCUGAACCAGUUACCAAGACAGUGAAAUACGUGGGGAUGAUUGCAGGGGGGACUGGGAUAACACCUAUGCUGCAGAUCAUUCGAGCAAUCAUAAAGGACAAAGAUGACCCCACCACUUGCCAGUUGCUGUUUGCUAAUCAGAGGGUAUCCUGGAGGAGUUGGAAAACACUGUCACUCUGUUGGUGGAAUUCCUGGGAAAUGGAAAGCAGCAGAAGCAGGAAGAACAGAGCUGGAACCAGACUGCAGUCAGUUCCAGUAUCAGAUACUGUUUUCAGUAUUAUUGAAGAGAUGAUGAAUCCCUUAUCAAACAAAAAGCCGGUGAGCUUAGUGUUGUUUCAGCAAGCUACAAUCAGCUUCUUAAAGGUUUCCUCUGAACAGCGCUGGGCUGCCUGCACUUCAUUCUCCAUGGAAUUUGUGUUCCAGCCCCUCUGGUGUUCAGGAUGCCCCUUAUGCUGGGGGCAGCAAUGGACACAGGCUGACUCCUUGGAAAAUUGUUGCAGGAGGAGUUGGCUCUCCUCUUUGGGCUCCUGCAAGUUCAAUUUGCAGAUUUCUGUUUGAUUUACGGGUUGCUGCUCGUGGAGCUGGAGGAGCCAGCAAAGAGUUGUUUCUUAUCUUCUGUCUCUCUGUUACUUAUGACCACUUAGGUCUUUAUGACAGUGCUCCUUUAUGAACUCCCAGCUUUAGAACUUUUUAAAUCACAACAAUUUUCAGGGCUGCCUCGCUUGUGGUUUAUUCCAGUAAUUUACUGCCUGCUCCUGGAUUGUUUUUUUAAAAAAAAACAAAACAAUGUAUUUAGUCUCCUGUGGUAAUUUUUCUAUAUUUUGUAUCGAAGUUCUGUAAAGAAUGUGAAGUUUCCAAUAUAAAGACAAGUGUUGUGUAUGUCAGAGAUCAAAGGUCAUUAUUACAGGAUUCUUACAGUUGCUUUGGUAAAUAGCCAUGGGAAACACUCCCAUGAUGUGUGAGCUUUCAGAUAAGCAGGAAGCUCAAAUGGAAUGAAACUCCAGAUGCAGCUGCAAGAAACAUAAGUUUUACACCCAAAAAAAGUGGGGGAGGGGGGUGGGUGGCAGAAAGUCAGGACAGCUACUUACGUAAAUAAUCUAAAAUACAAUUCUAUUCCAUCUGCAAGCAAGAUACUUGUAUGAGUGUGUGGAUUGCUGCUCCCUCAGCUCCUUUGGGAUAAAGCAAAAGGGGAUGACUUGUUUAUGCUUCUCUCUCUCUCCAUCUUUGCUGCAUUUAAAUGAAGUAUUUACUCAUUCUGGUAAACUUUUUCAUCAUGGGCAUUUUUCUGGUAUUCCAGAUUUGGUAAUAAGGGUUGGUAACUUUUUAAAUGGUGAAAAGGUGUUGGGGAAGAUGAAACAGGAAAGCCUUACAAAUAUGAUUGCCUGGCAAAAGAUUUUGAGAAUAUGGAAACUAUAAGCAAGAUUGAAAUAAGCUUUGAGAUACCUUAGUUACUGAACAACUGGAAAACAAUGGUAUGGCCGGCUGAAGGUAAUCCCCAUUUCAUGAAACAAUACCCUCUGCUUACAGACAGGUCUAAGGGUCAGAGCAGACCCCACUAGCUUAGCAGAAGGGGUCCAAAGAGUAGUUUUUAGGGUUUAAAAUGUAACACAGUAUGGUAAUGUAAUGAUUCUUAUAGGCUGUAUGUAAAUGCUGUAGGAUUUGUAUCUUGUAUUAGAUUGGUUAGUAAGAACUAGAAUAUUCAACACAGAAGAAGAUUUAUUGUAUUGUAACAGGAACCAUUCAUUCAUUCUCUCUGCAUUCUCUUCAUCCUUUCUUUACCACACUCUUGCAUUCAUUCUCUUCAUUCUCUCUCUCUACCACUCUCUACCUCUCUCUUUGUGGCCUGCUCCGAGCUGCGGCUGGCAGCUCCAAGCAGGGCCCCUCCACCCACACCCUCUGCAAUAAACCGCAAGUCCCAAGACCUAGCUUGAGAGAUCUCUCGUCUGCGUUUGUCCCGACUGUCCUGACCCCCUGCAGCUCCUACAAAAAGGAUUCCUGACAGCAGCUGGAAGGGAUUAUUUUCCUACUUAGUCUAUUACUGGAUUGCUGUGACUGUCCCAUCCCUGGAAGUGUCCAAGGCCAGGCUGGAUGGGGCUCUGAGCAGCCUGGGGUAGUGGAAGGUAUCCCUGCCCAUGGCAUGGGAUUGGAACUGGAUGGGCUUUAAGAUCCUGUCCAACUCAAGUCAUUCUGUGAUUCUCACAGGGAGUGCAUCUUUAAAAGUUCAGAGUUCAGACAUUUCAGUCUUAUGGCAGGAUGCUUUUCACAGCACAGAACUUCGAACCUGUUUCAGUAGUCCUAAACCAGUUCAUCAGGUGUUUCUGGAUGUGGCACAUACGCAUGUGGUGGACUUGGUGGAGUUAGGUUUGCAGUUGGGCUGAAAAAUCUUGAAGGUCUUUUCUAACCUAAAUGAUUCUGUAAUUCUAAGAAUAGGUUACAGAUGUAGGUAUGGGAUAGCCAGAUUGUCUUUUUCCCGAAGUGAUCAGGCCUUCAUAGGUAAUUUCAUUUGGUCACUGAUGGGCAAAAAAUGUUAUGGCACUGUCAUCUGUAAUUCUGUGAAAUGCCCAGUUUAAUCUUGUAUACAAUGCAUGAUUACACAUUUCCUUGUCAUUAAAAAACCUGGGAAACAUCUUUAAACCCUUCAACUUCAAAUGGAGGAUGAGCUUUUGUUUCCUCUGAAAGCUGAGUUUCACUGAGAAUGCAGACCAGAAUUUACAAGGGUUUCAGUACAUCCCAAGUGAACUUUUACAUUGUAAUUAAUUUAUACUAACAAAAACUGAGGGCAAACUUGACCCCACUGCACUCAGGGAGAGUCUUUGCCUUCAGCAUGGCCGAGAUCAAUAUUAAGAAUAAUUGCAAGGUAGCUGUUAAAACUGAAGUUCAAGGUAGAAAAAUUGGUUGGGUGUAAAUCGUCUCUGCAGACAGGCUGUAUUUUUUCCCUUGUUUUUCCUCUGCAGUCAUCAUGGCACAGAUUUUUGGGCAUUUAGACAUAUACAACUGUAUAUAUUUUAAUAUAUAUUUAAUUCACACAGGCUGCAGAUGAGAUCAUUGUAGCAGAACUUACUUUGUCACUUGUAGGCCAGUAAUGCAUCUCUUAAUAAUCCAAACUUUCUAAAUGUUAAGCUUCUUAGGAACCGAGAGGUUAAAGUCAUGUACAGCUGUUAAUAAUGAACAAGCAAAAAAAAAAGAAUUGUAGCAAUGCUCACAUACUGCACUCAAGGUCAGUGCCACAGGUAAUGGCUCAGAGAACAAGUCAGACUCAAAACCAGCAUUUGGACAAGAAGUUUGUGUCAAAACAAUGAAAUUAGUUCACAUUUCACAUCAUUUAUUUCGUAGAGCUGGAAAUGGUAUAACCAAUAUUUUUUUAUAAACAAGUGCUUUAAAAUUACCUACUGUGAAUGGAAGGAUGUUGUUUAUUUUUUAAAUUAUGGAGCAUUUUCUUGCAGAAAGAUCCCUGCUUUCCUGAUGCUGCUAAUGACGUGAUAAUGCCUUGCAGCACUGUUUUGAGAAAGCCCAGGGCUGGUUUAAACCAGGCUCUUUGUGUCUGGCACAGUACAGCACCACCAGCACACCAGUGAAUCCCAGGAAUAAUCCAGUUACAGGAUCAAAGCCCACCAGACGAACUGAACUGGCUUCUCUCCCACCACUUAUCUCCAGAUCCAGCUUGGGAUUCUCCACACAGCACUCUCAGGAUGGUGUAAACAUCGCCUAGAAGCUUAAUAUGGCAGAUAUUUUAACAUAAGUAGCUUUUAUUCUGGACUAGCUCUGUUAGAGUCAUCCCCAUGUUUAAAUAAAUAUUUAUACUUGGAAUGUACAUGGUAAAAUUAAACUCUGUAAUGAAA